AGUGUCCUCCAGUCAUCCUCCCAACUCCGUCUGCUCAUUAGUUCGCUGUAUUUGAACGGAGGCAGACAGGGCGAAAGACAAGUAACCGGUUAGGAAUGACUUAACAUUAAUAUGAGGUGCAAACGUAUGAUUUUGAAGCCAGGAUCUUAAACCUCUGGAUUUUUCUGCACAUGUGGAUUUUGUCUUUAUUCAGCUGUGUCGGAGGAAUAUUUCUCUUAAACGUUCUGUGAUCUGUCUUUUUUCUUUGCCAUUAACGGUUGUAAGCCGCUAGCAUAAAAGCAUACGUUACCUGGUACAGGUCUCAUGUAGUCUGUCUUUAGUCGCUAACGUUAGCUAAUCCAGCGGACCUUAUUUAGAGAAUACCAUUAGCUAAAGGAUUUUCUUCUUUUUUUUUAACGAAGAAUGUGAUUGCCCGUCCUUGCCUAAAGGUAGCCAAGCCCAGUUAUUGCCAUCUGAAACAGCUGGGUCGUGUCGACAAGAUUGUGGAUUAACGUUUUCCCCCCCUCUGCACGAACAUCUCCAAGAAACCCCGGACGUCUUUCAGUGGCCGUUAGCCAAAAUGAGUGUCGACUUAAUUGAAUCAACUACAUGAGUGGAGCCUAAACAAACAUAUCUUUGUUCCGAGGAGUGCAGUUUUUCCCCCAUAUCUGCUGAAAUAAACGGCGCCAGUGGCCCUGGAAAAUAUGGAAAGUGAGGUUUUCGCCCCUUUGCUGGAGCAGUUUAUGCUCACGCCUCUGGUCUGCUGGGUCAAAACGGUCGGACAGCCGACGGUGACCGAUGGCAACAAAUUAUCGGAAUAUAUUGAAUUAGUGGAUGGGAUUUACCUGAACGAGAUAAUGCUUGAGAUAAAUCCUAAAGCCACAGUGCAGAGGACCAACAAGAAAGUGAAUAAUGACCCCACACUGCGCAUUCAGAACCUUUCUAUCCUCAUCAGGCAGAUUAAAGCCUACUAUCAGGAGACACUCCAACAGCUGGUGAUGAUGCCUUUGCCAAACAUGCUGGUACUGGGCCGAAAUCCCCUCUCUGAGCAAGGUCUGGAAGAGAUGAAAAAAUUGUUGCUGCUGUUACUAGGCUGUGCUGUACAGUGUGAGAAGAAGGAAGACUACAUUGAGCGUAUCCAGACUCUGGACUUUGACACUAAAGCUGCCAUAGCAUCCCACAUCCAAGAGGUGACUCACAAUCAGGAUAACGUAGUGGACCUGCAGUGGUUAGAAAGUGGCGAAAUGCCUCCUGAGGACCUUGACAGCCUCUCCAGAAACCUGGCUUUCCACCUUAAACACCUGGUGGAUGAGAGGGAUACACAGCUGGAGACCAUAGUGGAGUUAACCCAGGAGAGAGACUGUGUGCAGCUGUCCCCACUGGCUCCCUGUCCGACUCAGUCUCCCGGUGACUCCCCCAGUAUGAGGAGGACCGAAAGCCGACAGCAUCUCUCUGUGGAGUUGGCAGAUGCCAAGGCCAAGAUCAGACGGCUUCGACAGGAACUAGAGGAGAAGAGUGAGCAGCUUUUGGACACCAGGCAGGAGCUUGAGAACAUGGAAGUGGAGCUCAAAAGGCUUCAGCAAGAGAGUUACCAGUUGCUGUCAGAUGCUCGCUCGGCUCGGGCCUACCGUGAUGAACUGGAUGCACUCAGAGAAAAAGCAAUCCGUGUUGACAAACUGGAAAGCGAGCUGAGCCGAUACAAGGAGAGGCUUCAUGACAUUGAGUUUUACAAGGCCAGAAUUGAGGAAUUGAAGGAGGACAACCAGGUCCUGUUGGAGACUAAGGCCAUGUUGGAGGAGCAGCUGGAUUCUAGCCGGACCCGGUCUGACAAACUGCACCUGCUGGAGAAAGAAAAUUUGCAGCUCAAAUCCAAGAUUCAUGACUUGGAGAUGGAGCGGGACAUGGACCGUAAGCGUAUGGAGGAGCUGUUGGAGGAGAACCUCGUGCUUGAGAUGGCCCAGAAACAGAGCAUGGAUGAGUCUCUGCACCUGGGUUGGGAGUUGGAGCAGCUUUCCAAGACACCAGAACUGACGGAAGUCCCUCAGAAGUCUCUCGGUGAGGAGGUGAAUGAGCUGACCUCGAGCCGCCUGUUGAAGCUGGAGAAAGACAACCAGACUCUGCUGAAGACUGUGGAGGAGCUCAGAGGAGCAGCCAGUCAGGACACUGUGGCAAAACUGGCCAAAGUCAAUCAGGAAAACCAGAGACUGAACCAGAAAUUGGAGCAGCUGGAGAGUGAACUGACAACAGACAGAGAGUCGCUCUGUAGUGCCGAGUCACUCAGUACUGACCUGAUGAAGGAGAAAGCUUUACUGGAGAAGACUCUGGAAACUCUCAGAGAAAACUCUGAGAGACAGCUGAAGGGUCUGGAGCAGGAGAACAAGCAUUUGAGCCAGACGGUGUCAUCUCUGCGUCAGCGCUGCCAGGUUGGAGCUGAGGCCCGGGUGAAGGAUGUUGAGAAAGAGAAUCGAGUUCUCCACGAGUCCAUCUGCGAGAUGACUGCCAAACUCAAUAAGAUGGAAUUUGAAAGGAAACAGCUACGUAAAGAGCUCGAAGUGAUGAAGGAGAAAGGUGAGAGAGCAGAGGAAUUGGAGAUUCAGAUGCAGAAGCUGGAAAGGGAUAAUGAGAGCCUGCAGAAGAAAGUUGCCAGUCUUGGGAUCACCUGUGAAAAGGUGUCUUCCUUGGAGAAGGAGAACACUGAGCUGGAGGCAGAGGGUCGUCGUCUGAAAAAGAAGCUGGAUGCCCUGAAGAACAUGGCUUUCCAGCUGGAGGCUCUGGGAAAGGAGAACUCCCAGCUUGAGGAGGAGAACCUGCAGCUUCGACGUUCGGCUGAGAGUCUCCGGUCAGCUGGAGCUAAGGCCGCUCAGCUGGAAACGGAGAACAGGGAGCUGGAGAGCGAGAGGAGCCAGCUGAAGCGCAGCCUGGAACUGCUCAAAGCCUCAUCCAAGAAGACGGAGAGGUUAGAGAUGAGUUACCAGGGCCUAGAUACAGAGAACCAGCGCCUGCAGAAGGCUUUAGAGAAUAGUAGCAAGAAGAUCCAGCAGUUGGAGGCAGAACUGCAAGAGGUGGAGACUGAGAAUCAAACUCUCCAACGAAACCUGGAAGAGCUCAAAAUCUCCAGCAAACGCUUGGAGCAGCUGGAGCAGGAGAACAAGACUCUGGAGCAGGAAAGUUCCCAGCUAGAGAAAGAUAAGAAACUUCUGGAAAAGGAGAACAAGCGGCUGAGGCAGCAGGCCGAGAUCCGUGACUCCAAGCUGGAUGACAACAACCAGCGGAUCUCCACUUUGGAGAAAGAGAAUCGGACAAUGGGCAAAGAGAUGAUCUUCUUCAGGGACUCCUGCACGAGGGUCAAAGAUCUGGAGAGAGAGAACAAGGAGCUGGUCAAGCAGGCCACCAUUGAUAAGAAGACCCUGAUCACACUGAGAGAGGAGCUUGUGAGCGAGAAACUGCGGACUCAGCAGAUGAACAAUGAUCUGGAGAAACUGACCCAUGAGCUGGAGAAGAUUGGACUGAACAAGGAAAGGCUGCUGCAUGACGAGAGCUCUGACGACAGGUUUAAGCUCCUUGAAACCAAACUGGAGUCGACUCUGAAAUCAUCGUUGGAAAUUAAAGAGGAAAAGAUUGCCGCCCUGGAGGCCAGACUGCAGGAGUCUUCGAACCUCAACCAGCAACUUCGUCAGGAGCUCAAGACGGUGAAGAAAAACUAUGAGGCUCUGCGUCAGAGGGAGGAGGAGGAGAAGAUGGUGCAAAGCUCCCCCCUGAAAGGAGGGGAUGACCCUCAGGCUGUCAGUAAAUGGGAGAAGGAGAGUCAUGAAGCCACCAGGGAGCUGCUGAAAGUCAAAGACAGACUCAUUGAGGUGGAGAGGAACAAUGCCACGCUGCAGGCUGAGAAGGCUGCCCUGAGGAGCCAGCUUAAACAACUGGAAACGCAAAGCUCCAACCUGCAGGCCCAGAUCGUGGCCGUGCAGAGACAGACUGCUUCUUUACAGGAGAACAAUACAACACUACAGACGCAGAACGCCAAGCUGCAGGUGGAGAACUCCACCCUGAGCUCUCAGAGUGCAGCCCUCAUGGCCCAGAAUGCCCAGCUGCAGAGCCAGCAGAGCAGUGUGGAGGGUGAACGCGAGGGAGCUCUGAAGGAGAAAGAAGAGCUGAGGGCCACCUAUGAGCUGCUCCUCCGUGAUCAUGAGAAACUGGCGGCGCUCCACGAGAGGCAGGCGGCUGAGUAUGAAGCCCUGAUCGGAAAGCACGGGGGCCUGAAGAGCUCCCACAAGAGCCUGGAGCAGCAGCACAGGGACCUGGAGGACAAGUACAAGCAGCUCCUACAAAGGAAGGGGGAGCUGGAGGAGCUGGAGAAAAAUCUGAAGGAGCAGCAAGAAAAAAUGGCCUUGGAGAACCAAACACACCAAGCCACAGCCGACCAGUGCAAGCUGCUCAAAGAGGAAAAUGAUAGACUGAACACAGCCUAUCGUCAGUUGAUGAAGGACAAUGAGCUCCUCCAGCAGGACCAUAAGAAUGUAAAGAGCCAGUUGAAUAAUGCCAAGCUGGACCAGACCAAGCUGGAGGCUGAAUUCUCUAAACUAAAGGAGCAGUACCAGCAGCUUGACAUCACUUCCACCAAGCUCACCAACCAGUGUGAGUUGUUGAGCCAGUUGAAAGGAAACCUGGAGGAGGAGAAUCGUCACCUGUUGGACCAGAUCCAGACUCUGAUGCUACAGAAUCGCACACUACUAGAGCAGACCAUGGAGAGCAAGGACCUGUUCCACGUAGAGCAAAGACAAUACAUAGACAAGUUGAAUGAACUGAGGAGGCAGAAGGAGAAACUGGAGGAGAAGAUCAUGGACCAGUACAAGUUCUACGACCCCUCACCUCCACGCAGGCGUGGCAACUGGAUCACUUUGAAGAUGAGGAAGUUGAUCAAGCCGAAGAGCCGGGAGAGGAUGCGCUCUCUCACGCUGACUCCCUCUCGGUCAGAGUUGGGCGACGGUUUCCUGUCCUUUCCCCAGGACAGCCAGGACAGCUCAUCCAUAGGCUCUGGCUCCAACUCGCUAGAUGACACACUUACACAAAAGAGGAGCAGCACUAUAAAAAGGCUGCCUUUCAUGAGGAACAGAUCCAAGGACAAAGACAAGGCCAAGGCCAUCUACCGGCGCUCCAUGUCCAUGAAUGACCUGCUGCAGACCAUGGCGGUGGCAGGCGGUCCCGGUAAUCAGUGGGCAGGCAGCAUCGAGAACCUUGAUGGUGCUGAGGCUGGAGACGCCAGCAUGACAAGCAGCAGCAGCAGGCGUGGCGGGCAGCGCAUGAAGGAGCUCGCCUUGUCCACCAACGCCAUCGACUGUGCCGCUCUCACCCUGCCCAGCGCAGGGCACAGCAGGGCCAAGCUCCGGCUUCAAAUCAAAGAUAACGCCUCUUGUGAGGAUGUUGCCAGCUCCUUAGAUGACCCAAAGAGUCAAGCCUCCAGACCUUCCAGUCUCCAUAGCAACAGGACCACCAGUAGUAAUAGUAACAAUAACUCCCACCUUACUUCUCCUCAGGAGGGCAAAGGCACGUUGAAUGGCAGCCUCAGCAGGCCUCACAGUGAGAGCAGCGGAGAGUUCAGCCUGAGUUUGGAUCAGGAGGUGUGGUCCAGCAGUGGCAGCAGCCCUGUCCAGCAGCCCACCUCCUCGCGCUCCUCCCACCAGAGCCCCUUGGGGCUGCGCAGGUCCCUCGACCCGUCCACCACCGCAGGCAUUCCCGGUCAGACCAGGAACAAUGAGGUUCUGUCCCUGCAGCAGUUCCUGGAUGAGGGUAUUGAUCCUGCAGAGUCUGGCAGUCAGGAGAACCUCACCGUAGACUCCCCUCGCCUCUCCACUUCUUCUGAGCAUGUGCAGAAAGAGCGCAUUACCACAAAGAGCCGGGGUAUACUGCGCUCCUCCAGUGGGAAAGCAGCGCCAGUCAGCUCUGAUCGUCCGCCGAGGUCCACUGGACAGCCAGGUCGCCCAUCCCUUCGUAAGGCGGAGAGCACCCGUGUGAGAGGCUCCGUCCCGGUCCGCUCCAGCCUAUCAUCACAGGGCAAGGCCACGUCUGUCUCUGAACGAUUGGACUCUGCUUCCUCUACGCUGCCCCGGGCCAGUAGCGUCAUCUCCACCGCUGAGGGCACCACAAGGCGCACCAGCAUCCAUGACCUGCUCUCGAAGGACAACCGGCAGCCUGUGUCUGUUGAUGCUGCUCCUCCCGUUGCCUCCACCAAGUCUACACCCAGUGAGUACCACCCCAACAGCACCAACCUUAAAGGACCCCUUCCCGCCACCACUACUUCCAUGCCCAAGUCACUCAGCCUACCUUGCCAUAGCUUGGAGGAUCCCGACCUCUCCACCCUCGAGUCAUUCCUCGGGCCUUCCUUCACUGUAGAGUCUGUGUUCAUGGAUUCCAUCUUUAGUGAGUCGGCGGGAAAAAAUCUCCCCUUCCUGUCUCUAAACCCCACCCUAGUCAGCAACAUCAGUGGGCCUCCUCCAAAUAAAACACACCCUCCUCCAGUCCCAAACCACAGUUCUAUCCAGAACCAGUCCCCUCACAGUCAAAUCAAAUCAAAUGGCCAAAUGAUAUCCAGCCCUGCCAGUCUGAAAGAGAAUAACGAGGGCGUUAAUCCCAAUGGUGUGAAUAAUUCUGACCAGUCACUGAGCCCAGAGGACAGCCAGUCUCUGUGGUAUGAGUACGGGUGUGUGUGAGUGACCGGGAGUUUCUGCUGAUCUUUCUACCAGACUUGAUUUAAGAGAGGAGACUGACAGGGUGGAUAAAUGACCAAUCCUCCACCUGUGCAUGUAUUUAUUAGAGCACUAUCUCAGUGUGGUGUAUUUGUUUCAUUUCUUUUCUGUUUGCCAUGGUGCUGAUUGGCCAAUUGCUGUUUUUUUCCUUUUUUUUUUCCUCUUGUUCUUUUCUCUAAGGCGGGACUGUGAUGAAUGUUCUUCUGUCCAAUGGCUUUUAUCACAUUAUUGUUUCCUCAUCAUAUCUGUUUCGCUGGCUAACACAAUACUAUUAUCUGCAGUUAAGGCUUAGUUUUAACAAAAAAAAAAAAAAAAGAAGAAGAAGCAAACAUCUUAAGAACAGAAAUGGCUGUCUGACAAAGAGCUAAGCCUUUCCAGACAGAUCUCAUAGCAACAGCUUCUUCGUUACAAAUCCAGAUGAAAAGUGUUCAGUGUCAGAUAAUAGAUUCACUUUCUACUUUGUGUUUGUUAUGGUGUUUUGAUGUAUGGGAAUGUGUCUUUUUCACCGCUUUUAACUCAGUUGCAUCAUUCGCUAAAUUUCACGGCUUUGUCCUGUCACGCUCAUUUUGAUUGCUGUGAUCAAAAUGGUCAUCACGUUUAUCUUUUUUUUUGUUUGUUUGUUUCUAUUAAUGGUGUGUAAUGUUUGUUUCUGUGCAUUUGAUACCUAUUGUGUGUUUUCUUUUCUAUAUUAACUGGGGCAUUUGCUCUGGUGUGGGUAUUUACUGACCUCAUGGGCUGGUGACAAAAAUGAUGAAGCUUCUUUCCCAAAAUGAUCUGAGGGAGGGAGGAGUUGGUUAAAUGGAAGUUUACGAUGAAGGUUGUAGAGUAGGGUGAUUAUUAUAUUGUAGUUGUAGGCAGUUCAUGAAGGAAUUAAAGGGACAGGGAGUCACUGUAGUAAGUUGAUGAGUUACUUUAAGUGGUCAGAUUGAUUUGGGAAUUGAGUUAACAUCAUUUGUUCUGGUUUCUGGAAACUUUAUUCUUAUCCCGACACACCACAACUUGAGAAUAGAUAAUAUUUGCUUAUAUGUGUCAGACUGAUGAGAUCUUGUACAGAUUGUUGUAAUAAUUAAGUUAUAAUCAAAGACGAGCACUCCAUUAUGUGCCAAUACUAGUACAGUAGCACUGUCUGCCUCUAGAUCCAUAUUUAUUUCUGCUUUUGUACUCUGUACUUGCGGUUUUGAAGUUACUUUAUGGUAUUUAUCUUAAUCCACAGUAUAUGCAGGUAUAAAGUAAAUGAAAAUGUUCUUGUCACUGUCUACAGAUGUAACAAACAUUGCCUUUGUCCUACAGAUGUGGAGGGCAGAAAGUCUAAAAGCAGGAGCGGGGAGCCGCAGCAAAGCUGCUAAACCCCGCCCCCACCACCCUCGUCUGUCUGCUACCAUGCUGCGAGCGCGUGGUGAGUGAGUGUUGCUUGUGCGGGAGGAAGAGGGAGUGGGAGGGUGGGUUAUCGGCCUUGUCUCCAUGGGAACCUAAAACAUGGUGUAACAGAUGUCGUCCAUCCUGCCGUGCACUUGCUUCCCCUGCUUCUCUAAGCCCAAACCUUCUUCGCUGUCCUGUUCGUUGCCCCACCGUCCCUGUGGUGCCAAACGCCUGCUCACAGACCCUGACAGGACCCUGGUCUGCACAGCAUAUGGGCUGAUUUACCGUGUUGCUCCGAGUGGACGAAUGCUUUGCCUGUUUGUGUCCCCAAAUCCCCUCGACAAGAGGAGUCACCUCCAUGAUGCUUCUUGUGUUGUCAGUAAAGGUGACUGCUGAGUGUUUCCUUCUGGUGUUAAUAAAAUAGGUCCCUUUCUGUUCUCAGGCUGCUUGUUGAUGCUGCAUGGCUUCAGUGUAGCACUAAUAUCUUUCCCCCCUUCUUGUUCCCCUGACAGUGCAUGCGGACCCAGGCUGGCUCCCUCUGUCUCCCUUUAUAAAUCACUGUCUACUGAUGCAAUUUCAAACUUUUUUCUCUCUCUUUCUUACUUUGUUGUGUUGUAUUCGUAAAUGUUUCUUUCAACCUUACCUCUAUUUUCUAAUCUGUCUGCUUUUCUUCCUUUUCUUACUUUUUCCACUCCUCUUUGCUUGCCUGGGACUCAGAAAGAAAGGUGGCCUUGGAGCUGUGUGUCUGAAGCCUAGUAGAGUUAAUCUGCUGAGACCGUCUACAGUGAAAAAAGAUUGUAUCCCAGGUUCCUUUUUCUUCCCUUUUUUGUUUUUAAAACCCAGAACACUUCAGUAGAGAAAAGUGGCUUCCUUCUCUGUUUUGUUUUUCUUCCUUGAAUCAAGGAAACAACAGAAAAAUACUAGAAAAUGUUGCAGUGACAAUUUUUGUUUUGUUUUCUAUUAAGACUAAAGCUGUGGCAGAUUGCACUGCCAUGUGUCUUUCAGUGUGACGGACUGCUAGAUGUGCACUAGUCUCUGCGGACUACAAUUGAAGUGCCAACGUUCGCACAACAGCCAAAAAGGGUGACUCCAUUUUGGAUAUUCUGUACAACUUAAAAGACAGUCGGACCUUCUUCUGCCCAAUGCUAUGAUCAGAAUUUUUUUUUUUUUUUUUAAAUAAAUGGGCAGCAUGCAUAUGCGCCUGGACAAAACAUUUUCAAAGCAUGUCAGCACCGGACAUUUCCAUCUCAGCCUGAAUCACAAUCUGCAUGAAGCAAUCAAUCAGCCAAUCACCCCACUUCCUUUAUCCAAUCAAAGAGGAGGGCAGUGUUCAGUGGGGAUUUUACUUGCCAGGAUGCCAAAUGUACUUGAAUGGGAAGCCAUGGUGGCUGUGUGAUUGGCGUUUGUUACCUGCCAGACAUGAGGUGAAAGUUGUGUGAUCUGAGCAAGACUCAUCAUUGGAGUGUUCCAGGUCACCUAUAUGACAGCCAUGACGCUCUGAAACAGACUCUACUCACUGUUCAUCGUAGCUUAAGUCAGAUGUCAUCACAGAACAUUUAUCACAUUUAUCGCUUUCCCAUCCUGCUCUGAAACGCAAACAAGAAAAGCACACUUAAAGUUCAUAAACUCCACGUAGUCAUAGUGUUGUGUAUGCAUUUUCUGAGAAAACGCUCGGUUAAGAAAUCUGACUGGAGUAUAGGUGACCUGUGAUCUACCCAGUAUGUACAUGGACGUGCAGAUUUCUGUUGCUGUGUUGAACAUGAUGACGAUGAAGAAACCCGAUGUUUUCCUCCUUUUCCACUUUUACAUAAAUCCAUUUGAUGUAAUUAAAACUCAUCAAGACUA